AAGUGUAUUGGAUGGUGUGCAAAAAUGAAAGUGGACAAAUACAGGGGGGAGUAGUAUUUUUUUGGUGGAUUAGGGUAAGGUUUGGUGGUAGGUCCUAGUCAAUGUAGGUUUUUCCGUUUUGAUAGGAGGUGUUUGGUGCAACUGUGCAAGUACCAGCUUGAUCCUGAUUGCACAAAAUUCCCAAUUUCCCAUGGCUUCCCUUUAAAUCGGGGAGAGUGCAUAACUCCACGGAGGAAAAACUGGAAUCCGCUUAUUGAAGCCAAACUAUGUCCGCCUACGACCAAGCGGCAGCGGCAGCAAUUGCUCAGAUAGCACUAGCGGCGGACGGUGCUCUGCUUGGUCUUACCCUAGCAUUCGUUGCUGUGCGGAGCAUAUUCAAGUUUAGGGCUACACGCUCGGCUUUGCACAUAAUCGAGGAAGCCCCUUUGGUUCGGGUUUCAGAUCUCCGCUCGCUCUUAGGCGCAGACAAAGAUUUAAACCAAUUCGAUGGAGGCAGGGUGGUCAUUGUCCGCGGCACUGUGGAGGCAAAGUCUUCCGUUGAAGGAAACUGGAAGAGCCUUGUGACUAACGUGCUUGUUGCUCCAGACUCGGGCGAGAAGGCUGUCAUUUUGCAGCGUACUCACACUUGUAUAUACAAUGAUUGGAAAGUGUUCAUGGGAUGGAACAGUGAUCUACUAUCACUUUUCUCAAGUUCUCGGAGAGUGCACAAGUCUUCCUCCAUUAGAAAGGUCCCCUUUGUUAUUGUUGAAGCUGGAAGGUGGCCACAAUCUGAAUAUGUUAAUGUUAAGCUGGAUGGAUCAAUGCACCCCCUACCACUUGUGACAGUCUACCAUCACUUGCAUCCAGUUAACGCCACUCCUCUUACUUUUCUCCAGGCACUUUUUGGUCAUCAGUACCCUGUUGGGCUGCUAGAUGAAGAAAAAAUCCUGCCACUUGGGAAGGAGAUAACUGCAGUUGGCGUUUGCAGCUCGAGUAGUGGAACUCUAGAGAUCAAAGCAUGCAACUAUCUUCCUUUUUUCAUAUCGGAUAUGACCAAGGAUCAAAUGCUUGUAGAUCUUGCAUUUAAGACAAAAAUUUUGCUAUGGAGUGGGAUUGUAUUCAGCUCAGUUGCAAUUGGUAUCCUAAGCUAUGCCGCUGUAAGGAAUUGGAACAGAUGGAAAGUAUGGAGACAGCAGAGGCAGUCUCGAUCUCAACAGCAGAAUAUUGAUUCGGAUCCUCAACUUGCAGGAGAUGAGGAAACUGAUGAUGUUCCGGAUGGUCAGCUGUGUGUCAUUUGUCUUACAAGAAGGAGACUUUCUGUUUUCGUGCCAUGUGGGCAUCUUGCGUGUUGCCAACAGUGUGCCUUGUUAGUUGUACGGGAGUCAUCACCCAAGUGUCCAGUUUGUAGGCAGGCCAUUACAAAUGCGGUGAGGAUGUACGAUUCUUGAUUGCGACUGACACGUAUGCUUUUUGGUAACUAGCACACUACUGCCUAAUGUCUAUCCAUUUAAAAAAAAUAGAGUUUAGAUUUUACAAAAUAGUAUCACUGGUUCGGUGCUCGAUCAAUUCUGAAAAUUAGCCAUUUCACCAGGUUAUUUGUACUAAUUUGAGGCUAAUAAUCUGAUACAAAUUGC